UAUAAUACAAACUAUAAUUCAAACUUUCAGCAGAAGCAGCUAGAGAGAGAGAUGGGAGCUAUGGGGGAUCGAACGGCGGUGAUGCUGCUGAUGCUACUGCUCUCCUCCUGGUGUCUGACAGCGGUGACAGGAUACCGUGGGAGGGGGGCGAGAGGAGGAGGAGAGGAGGAAGAGGGAGGAGGGAGUGGGAGGCGGUUCGUAUUAGAGGAGUCGGAGGAGGUGGUGAAGGCGGAGGGUGGCGAGGUGAGGGUGGUGAGGGGUUUCGGAAUAGGUGGUCGCCCCGCUCCCAUGCACAUCGGCUUCAUUACCAUGGAGCCCAAGACUCUCUUCAUUCCCCAGUACUUGGACUCUAGCCUCAUCCUCUUUGUUCAUAGAGGGGAGGCGAGGAUUGGCUGGAUUUACGAGGAUAACAUGGUGGAGAGGCGGCUUAAGAUGGGAGACAUCAUCCACAUCGCCGCCGGCUCCACCUUCUACAUGGUUAACACCGGCAAAGGCCAGCGGCUGCAGAUUAUUUGUAGCAUCGACACCUCCGAGAGCCUCGGCCUCGGCCCUUACCAGUCAUUCUUCAUCGGUGGGGGAACUUAUCCAUCAUCCGUUCUUGCCGGAUUUGAUAUCGAAACCCUCACAGCAGCAUUCAAUGUAACUACUGAAGAAAUGGAUACAAUCCUGGGGGCUCGUAUUAGAGGGCCGAUUAUCUUUUACAGCGAUAGGGCUGCCGACCAGUCCCGCCUGUUGGCCUCCUGCAUGCAAUGGAAACAACUCCAUAAGAAAGGAUCUUUAGAUUUCAAUGAUGUCGCCGAUGACGAAGGAGGAGGAGAGGUGCAACAGGAGGAGAACAAAAGAUGGACAUUGAGGAACUUCCUCGCCAACCUCCUUGGAGGGCAGUUCUACGAUCGCCGGAAAGGAAAGAAACAGAGUCCAGACCAUGCACCCGAUGCGUAUAACCUUUAUGACCGAGAUCCAGACUUCCGUAACAACCAUGGUUGGAGCAUUGCUCUUGAUGAAGGCAACUAUGCUCCUCUGGGGAUCAACGACAUCGGCGUCUACUUAGUUAAGCUCACUGCAGGAUCAAUGAUGUUGCCACAUGUGAAUCCAACGGCGACGGAGUACGGCAUAGUGCUGGGAGGAUCAGCGAUUAUUCAUUUGGUGUAUCCUAAUGGAACCGCGGCCAUGAAAGCCGAGGUUUCUGAGGGGGAUGUGUUCAUGAUCCCUCGAUACUUCCCCUUCUGCCAAAUUGCUUCCCUGAGUGGGCCGUUCGAGUUCUUCGGGUUCACGACGUCGGCGAGGAGGAACCGGCCGCAGUUCCUCGUAGGGGCGAGUUCGAUCCUUCGAACCAUGUUAGGGCCGGAGCUCGCAGCAGGGUUUGGGGUGACCGAGGAGGAGUUGAGGAAGGUGGUGGAGGCGCAGAAGGAUGCUGUCAUUGUGGCCUCCUGGACCCUGCCCAAGAUAAGGGGGAAGGGGGAGGAUGAGCCGUUGCUUAUCAGAAGGAUGGCGGAUGUUUGAGCUUUUGGCUGCCUCGCUUUUCUUUAUUUCAGUGCAAUCUUAAUUAUAUGCAUGCAGUUUGUUAGGGGCUUCAUGUUUUGCUCUGCUGGGGUUGUACAUAAUCUUUUGAGUUGAUUAAUAAGGUAGGAAAUGGGUACUUUUUGGUUGGCAUGGAAGACCUCGAAGUGCCUUCCUCUGUUGAAUGUUUAAGCCCUAGAUCAAGUAAUCCAUCAUCUUGGUAAUCCAGAUUUCCUAGUGGAAAA